AUGGUAUCAUGGAGGAAGCCUUUCAGCGGCCGAGAAGGCGCAGAUGUUGCCACGGCGGACAGCGCGAGCCAGAUCUCCGACGGCAGCAUCACCUAUGUCGGGGAGAAGGGAGGCAACAACGCGGGCGCGACGUACCAGGAAGCAUCCGGUGCUCCGGUUGAGAGCCAGUCUCCCCUCGGCUACGCUGUUGGGCCUGUUACCAUCCUGCUGUUGAACAUCAGCAUGAUGAUCGGCACCGGAAUCUACUCGACACCCUCCGCCAUCUUGUCAGGAACUGGGUCGGUUGGUCUGAGCUUUAUCUAUUGGACCAUAGGCUUUUUGGUCUGCAUCGCCUCCGGCUCAGUGUACCUCGAGUUCACCGCAUACUUCCCCAGCCGCUCCGGAUCUGAAGUGGUCUUCCUAGAACAGGCCUAUCCUCGUCCGAUGUGGUUCUUCCCGACAACCUUUGCCGUUCAAAAUGUCAUACUUUCGUUUGCCAGCAGCAAUGCCAUUGUAUUAUCUAACUACUUGUUUGCCAUUGCUGGUCAUAAGGGUACCGACUGGCAGGUGAAAGGUGUCGCGUUGGCCGGCUACACUGUUGCGACCCUAUCCUUGACCUUCAACACGAAAUAUUCAUACUACUUGUCCAAUGCGAUUGGACUCGUCAAGAUUUGCACCUUACUCUUCGUCAUCAUCACUGGCUUUGUCGUCUUGGGUGGAAAUACCAAGAUCGAGAACCCGACAGCGAAUUUCAAAAACGCCUUCCAAGGAACUGAGAACGCUACGGCUUAUGGCUUGACCAACGCGCUUUACAGGAUCAUCUUUUCAUACGGAGGAUACAACAACGCCUUUAAUGUCGCAAACGAAGUCAAGAAUCCUGUCAAGUCACUCCGCAAGUAUGCAUUCCUGGCCCUCUUCACAGUCUACGUCCUCUAUAUGUUUGCCAAUGUGGCGUUCUUCUCCGCCGUGUCCAAGUAUGACCUGGUCAACUCGGGUACCACAGUUGCCACCUUGUUCUUCAAAGGCGUGUUAGGAGACAGCGGGGCCGUUCGUGGACUUAACUUCCUCGUGGCCUUGAGCGCAUUUGGGAAUAUUAUUGCAGCCCUCUUGGGCUCAUCGCGGAUGAUAAGGGAAUGUGGCAGACAAGGUGUUCUUCCGUGGACCAAGUUCUGGGUCACUACCAAGCCAUUCGGCACACCGAUUGGGCCUUAUUUUGUCAAGUGGGCUCUCACUGCUCUGAUGAUCCUCGCGUUGCCCUCGGGUGAUGCAUUCAACUUCGUGAGUGACUUGGCGAUCCUCCCGACGGCCGCCUUCAACGUGGCGAUGGGCGUUGGUCUGUACGUGGUGCGAUGGCGACGAAAGCGUGCAAACCUGCCGGAGCCCGAGUUCAAGGCGUGGCACGUCGUGGUCAUUUUCAACAUCCUGGUGCAGCUCUAUCUCCUAGUCAUGCCGUGGUACCCUCCCGAAGGUGGCCAAUAUGCCGGUGACGUGAGCUUCUGGUAUGCCACUUACGCUGUUACCGGCGUCGCGAUUCUCGUUACUUGCGGCGUCUACUACUGGUUCUGGGCCAAGUUGAUCCCUAAGUGGAGGGGAUACCAGCUCCGGCAGGUGGUGAUUAAGCUCGACAAUGGAGCGCAGACCCACGAGAUCAAGAAGAUACCAAACGAGGAGCUAGCCGAGUUCGACGCAACGCACGAUGCUGCCGGUCGCUUGAAGGUUACUUCCAGCGUUCUGUAUGACCAGGAGAAGGGAAGCAGCGCUUCUGAUGAUGGCGAUGGUGAAAAGACUACCUCGACGCAGAACAAUGUGGCAGUCUGA